AUGCUCAGUGCAGCAUUUGACGAAGAGCUCAAAGCCUGUCCCCGACGCAGCUGGCUCCUGUACGAGCGCCCUGACUAUGACGAGGCGGGGCUGGGCGCCGUGGCAUCGGUCAUCGGCGAGGGGACGUGUGCGAAUCUGCCUCCGGAGCUCACGAAGAAGGUCAGCAGCCUGAGGCAGGCAGGCUCCCCGAUCUCGCCGACUCGGCCUUCGCUCACCCUCUACAGCCGCAGCCUCUUCCGCGGGAAGGAGCUCUACCUGACCAGGAAUCUGUCCAACUUCGGCCCAUUUAAAGACGAGGCCUACUCAGCCAUCGUCACCGGCGACAUCCCGUGGACUGUCUAUACGUACGACGACUUCCAGGGCGCGGGCACCUGCCUGGCGCCGGAGCAGUCGGUGAUGGUGGGCGGCGCGGCGGUCGGGGUCGGUCUGUUCCCCACGUACCACGAGCUGGGCAGUUCGGGGGCCAUACGGAGUGCCAGGCUGGGGUGCGCGGCCGGGCAGAGCACGACCAUGCGAGAGCCAGGCCCGGAGGAGUAGGCGCCAGAGGAGCAGGAGCCGCGACAGAGGAAGGGCGAGCGAAGGGAAGAAGGAUGAACGGACGACUAUCUUUCUCUCUUCUAUCCUUCGUCGCCUAAUUAUUGUUACUUUGUGAUGCAGUUGUGUGACUUUUUCUGAACGCAGUUUCUGCAUUCAUUUAAAUAAAAAAGUUUUCGACUUUUUGAUUUUCUAAUUGUUUACUCUCAACAAAGGAUGUAAAAAGUUUCUUCUGCAGAUAAACAGCAUAUAAGCC